CAGAGUCAGCUCCAGUUCUGGGUUAUUUUGGGGGGUCUUAUCACAGCUGUGGUCUCAGUCCCAGUCCCUCCACGCUUCCCUCCGGCCCUCGGUCCUGAGCCGACUGUCCCUUUGUUGUGUUAGAAGCUGUGAACGAUGGAGAGCAGCGCUGCGCCCGCCGGUCCGGUCAACGACCGCCACAUGGACCUGACGGAGGACCUGGACCAGCAGCUGGAGGACAUCCUCAGCACGUACCAGGAGGCCCAGCUUCCAGCUGAGACAGACGACUCAGAGGAGGUCACAGCAGCCAAAGAGCCCGACGCCCGCAAGGAGCAAAAACUGGAGAAGAAGAUGCUCAAAAAUCUUGGGAAGGAGGCCAUGCUGCUGAUGCAAAGCCUCAACAAGCUGGACUCUCCUGAGCAGAAGCUGGAGGCCAUCAUCAAGAAGCACGCCGAGCUGCUGGAGGAGCACCGCAGUGACCAGAAGCAGCUGAAGGGCCUGCAGAAGAAGCUGCUCCAGGUGGUGAAGGAGAAGGACCAGCUGCAGAGCGAGCACAGCCGGGCCGUGCUGGCCCGCAGUAAACUGGAGGGGCUCUGCAGGGAGCUGCAGAGGCACAACAAGACUCUGAAGGAGGAGACCCUGCAGAGGUGCAGGGAGGACGACCUGAAGAGGAAGGAGAUCACCACCCACUUCCAGGGGACGCUCUGUGACAUUCAAGCCCAAAUCGAGGAACACAGCAGCCGCAACACCAAGCUCUGUCAGGAGAACGGCGCUUUGGCAGAAAAGCUCAAGGCGCUCAUCACGCAGUACGACCAGCGAGAGGCGAACCUGGAAAAGGUCUUCAAGCACCGAGACCUGAAGGAGAAGCUGCUGGAAACCAAACUGACGCAGGCCAACCUGCUUCUGCAGGAGGCCGAGCAGAAGCACAAGCUGGAGAAGGAGCUCCUCGUCAAGCAAACGGCCGAGUAUAAAGUCCAGCUGAAAGUCCUCAGGGAGCAGGAAGGCGACAUGAGGAGCCAGCUCGACAUGUACUCCCAGAAGUUUGAUGAGAUCCAGGGCACGGUGUCAAAGAGCAGCAGCGUGUACAGCAGCUUCAAACAGGACAUGGACAAAAUGGCGAAGAAAAUGAAAAAGCUGGAGAAAGAGUGUCACUCGUGGAAGACUCGCUUUGAUGCCUGCAACAAGAGUCUCAUCGACAUGGUGACAGAUAAAGCGGUGAAGGACAAGGAGUUCGAGCUUCUCACCACGAAGAACCAGAAACUGGAGAGUCUGUGCAGGGCUUUGCAGGAAGAACGGAAGAGUCUGCAUGAGAAGGUCCAGGGAGUUCAACCGGACGCAAACACCUCGGAGGAAACGGCCAAGGCAGAAACCGAGACGCAGGAGGCUCCCAACGAUCUAAAGGAGGAGAACCCAGUUCAGAAUGCUGCACCUCCUGCUUCUGCUGGAGAACCGACUCCACUAACCCAGAAACUGGCUCAACUGAAGGCGGAGCAGGCCUUACUGAAAGAGCUCGCUGGUUCCUUCACCAUCUCUCAUGUUGCCCCCACGGAAACAGACGUGAGCCAGUCACACGGACUCUCCGAGGUCAUCCAGGAGAAGCACAAAGAAGAGAGGAACCACAAGGACAGCCAUGAUGGACGUCAACAACAGAGAGAAACGGAAAUGGAGUCCGUCGAUUAAUGCCAAAACCACCGCGACAAGAAACUGCACGUACGAUUUCUACAAAUAAAAAUGAAAAAUGUCGUCAA